AUUAGACAAAGCUGAGAGUUGUCUAACCUAUAAAUUAUUAGUGAUCUGCACUAUUGUUUACAUUAUGAUUGAUUGAUUGAUGGCUCGUGGGAAAUGUGGGGAUGGUGGUUACGUAACGUGACUAAAUUGUUGUUGUUGGCGUAAUCGUGGUGCUGGUAAUGAAUUCAAUUCAGUCCAGUCGGUAUUUGGCAACAGUGCGUGCAGGUCGUUUUGUCAUCUGACGACGACGACGUUCAAAUAAAUACACAUACACACAGAAAAUUAGCCUCUGCUGUGGACUUCGAAGAUCCAAAACAGCGUCCCAUUUAUGACAUAGCAUUGUGUUUGUAUUGUACUGAUCAAUACACUGCACUGAAGACAUGGGACUCCUCACCAUCGGCAACCCCUUAUCCUGGGAGGAAACUAAGAAGCUCUCUGACCAUGUACGCAAGCAUGGCAUCAUUCAGUUCAUCAACCUGUACAAGAGGCUGAAGGACAGGCAAGGGGACAUCCUGAAAUGGGGUGAUGAAGUUGAAUACAUCCUUGUUAAAUUUGAUGAGGAAGCCAAGACAGCCAAGGUGAGCCUGAGAGCAGUUGAUAUUCUAAAUAUCCUACAAGAACGUGAAGAGGCUAACCCAACUGGAGUGAAAUCACUGUGGCGCCCUGAAUACGGAGCGUACAUGGUAGAAGGGACUCCAGGUAAACCGUAUGGCGGCCUUUUAGCCCAUUUCAACAUCGUUGAGGCGAACAUGAAAUACAGACGUGAAGAAGUUGAGGAGCUACUGUUGGAUGGGGAGGCCCUAAUGAGUAUCACCAAUUUCCCAAGAUUGGGCUGCGAAGACUUUUCGUUUCCAAUUGCGAAACCUACUCCGGAUCAAGGUGCGACCAGGUCUUUGUUCUUCCCGGACGAGGUGAUCUAUCCUGGUCAUCCUAGAUUCAAGACACUUUCACAGAACAUUCGUGAGCGGCGAGGAGAGAAGGUCGCAAUCAAUAUUCCAGUUUUUAAGGAUGAGAAGACGGUGAUCCCCGUGGACGAUUCGCAUCUGCGAAGCAAAGCGGCCUUACCAGAUCACAUCUACCUGGAUGCUAUGGGUUUUGGGAUGGGCUGCUGCUGUCUGCAGUUGACUUUCCAAGCGUGCAACAUAAACGAGGCCAGGAUCCUGUACGAUCAAUUGACGCCGCUCUCCCCAAUCAUGUUGGCAUUAACCGCGGCCGCCCCAAUCUUCCGGGGUUUCCUGGCGGACAUCGAUUGUCGCUGGUACAUCAUUUCUGGUUCCGUGGAUGAUAGGACGCCAGAGGAACGAGGUUUGAAACCGCUGAACAACAAUAAGUUCGUGAUCGGCAAAUCGCGCUUUGAUUCUAUCGAUUCCUACCUGUCGCCGCAGGGCGAGAAGUACAACGAUGUACCGUUGACGUACGACAAGGAAAUCUACAAUCAGCUGAGAGAAAACGACAUAGAUCAUCUUUUGGCGGAACACGUCGCGCAUUUGUUCAUCCGGGAUUCAGUCUCUUUGUUCACGGAGAAGGUCAAUCAGGACGAUGAGCAAGACACAGAUCAUUUCGAGAACAUUCAAUCGACCAAUUGGCAGACGCUGCGCUUUAAACCGCCUCCCCCGAACUCGACGAUUGGUUGGCGUGUGGAGUUUAGGCCGUGCGAGAUCCAGAUCACCGAUUUCGAGAAUGCGGCCAUCGUUUGUUUCGUUGUACUUAUGACCAGGGUCAUCCUGAGCUUCAAGCUCAACUUCCUGAUACCCAUCAGCAAAGUGGAUGAGAACAUGAGGACGGCCCAAAAGAAAGGCGCUUGUUUGAACGAGAAGUUCUGGUUCCGCAAGGAUAUCACAACGCAGAUUAGUCCGCCCGAGGCGAACGAAUGUUGCAAAGGCGCUUCGAACGGAUCCAAUUGCGACGUUUUUACUAAAAUGACGGUCAACGAAAUAAUUAACGGAAAGAAUGGAGAAUUUCCUGGUCUGAUCCCGUUGAUCAAUAAUUAUCUGAGCGGAAUGGAGGUUGACGCUGACACGCACUGCACCAUUCAAAGGUACUUAAAGUUUAUCCAGAGAAGAGCGAGUGGCGAGAUUCUAACCACGGCCUCGUGGAUCAGAAACUUUGUGACCGGUCACGAAGACUAUAAGAUGGACUCAAAAGUUAGUGACCGUAUCAAUUUUGAUCUGCUGAAGACCGUCAAGGGUAUCCAAUCCGGGAUGAUCGCUUGCCCCGAACUUCUGGGUUACUGUCCCGUUUCCAAAACGGUGGAGAAGAUUCCUCCAGCCAUGUCAAAGGUGGCUGGAUGAACUAAAUUUAGCGUAUCACGUUGAUGGAAAGAAUAUAUUCUAUAUUUUUUUAAUAGAUCAAUUUUUUAUAUAAAUACUAUUAUAUUAAUCCACCAAUUUUUAUGUAGGUUUUAGGCUUUGUUAUGUUUGCUUCCACUUGUGAAUUAUGAACAGUAUUUUUUUACAAACUACAACUGGCAUUUAUUAGGAGGGUUCCACUAAUGAUUGAUUUCUUUCGAUGUUGAACAUAUGUUAAGUGUAUGCUACUUGCAUCAAAUAAACAGUACAUUUUAAA